UCCUUAUGAUUGUUAGUGCAAGUUCUGGGGGCAGCGUGCUUAUUUGUUUAGCUAUUGUUGCACUCUGGAGAAUUCUGAAAAAAAAAAAUCUUCAAAACAGAAAGAAGAAAUUUUACCGAAGAAAUUUAGAUUUGUUAAGAAAGGAACAAUCUUCAACCGAUGAAAUUGUUACUGAAAGGAUGAAGAUCUACGAGCUAGAUGAAUUGGAAAAAGCUACCAAUUAUUUUGAUAAAACUCGAGUUGUUGGGGGUGGAGGUCAUGGAAAAGUGUACAAAGGAAUUUUAUCGGAUCAACGCGUAGUUGCCAUCAAAAUGCCAAAGAUAACAAAUGAAAGUGAGCUUAGACAGUUCGUUAAUGAGGUUUUCCUUCUUUCUCAAACCAAUCAUAGAAAUGUGGUUAAGUUGAUGGGGUGUUGCUUGCAAACUGAAGUUCCUUUGCUUGUAUUUGAGUUCAUAUCAGGCGGAACGCUCUCUGAUCAUCUUCGUAAUCACGAGCAAUUCUCACCUUUAUCAUUUGAAGAUCGUUUAAGGAUUGCCUACGAAGUUGCUAGAGCAUUAUCCUAUAUACACUCAGAAGCUUCCAUAACAAUUUUCCAUAGAGAUGUGAAAUCAUCCAACAUUCUACUUGAUGAAAGAAACACUGCAAAACUAGCAGAUUUUGGUGCUUCAAGGGCUGUUACUUGCGAUAAGAAUUCAAUAACUACUAUUGUUCAAGGAACUUAUGGAUACUUGGAUCCUGAGUACCAUCAAACAGGAAGAUUAACUAACAAGAGUGAUGUUUAUAGCUUUGGAGUCAUUCUUGCAGAGCUUUUGACUGGGAAAUUGGCGGUUCCUUACGAAAAAGAUAAUGAUGAGGUGAGAAACAUCGUUAUGGAUUUCAUUGCUUCAUUGACGGAUAAUUCACUUCUUGAGAUCCUAGAUCCUCUAGUUUUAAAGGAAGCAAAAGAAGAAAUUCUUCAAAAAAUUGCAAGACUCAUAGAGAGGUGCCUCAAACUAUAUGGGAAUGAACGACCAACAAUGAAGGACGUGGAGGAAGAACUCAAAGCUAUGAGAGCAAAGAAACCAAACGUUGAUCCUAAUAGCCUGGAAGGAACUGCAUCAAUUGAUAAUCGCUUAGAUCAUGGUGUUAAUAGUCUUGAAGGAACUGCAUCAAUUCAUACUUGCUUUGAAAUUGAAGCUAAUAGUCUUGGAGGCACUGCAUCAUUUCAUACUUGCUUUGAUAUUGAAGCUAAUAGUCUUGAAGAAACUGCAUUAAUUGAUAGUUCCAUGUAGUAACAGUAUGGCUUGCAACACUAGUCAACUUAUAGAUAAGUAUAGUGGUGUAUAUGAGCUCGAGAAGACAAUGUAUAUAUCUGUGAAAACACA